AUGGCUGUAUUUCCUGUUCUCUCGUUCACACCCUCAACCUGUUCCGAUAACUCCUCAAAAGCAAUUGACAUGACGGCAGACUCCUCUGCAAAUACUCUCUUUACGGAGAAGGUGCCACUUCAGAGCGAACCGGGCAGCGCUGAAGCCAAUGGCACCACAACCAACGAAACACCCGAGGACCAACCCAACGGAGAACAAGCAGAGCCCAGUGCUUCUUCUCCUUCUGGAGAAGAAGGAGAAGUUAAGGAUACCAAGCCUGAAGAUCAGACUAUGAAACCAGAGAUCAAGCAUCUCGAUAAAAAAUUCGACGAGGAUGGCAACAAAGUGUACACUGAACGCAAAAGCAGAGAUGACAAGGAUGACAAGCGGGAUUGGUGGGACCUUUUCGCCCUUUGCGAGAUUCGCCAUUUUUGGGAAGAUGGUGAUUUUAAGUGCACACAACUUCACGUCAAUUCGCCUCUACUGAAGCAGCUUCUCGAGGAUGUCGUGGGCGACUUUCCAAACGAGCCCAUUGAUGCUAGCUCUGAGGUGGAGAUCGACUUCCCGGCAUAUUGCCUCUUCUUUCACCGCGAGGAUAUUGAGAGAGAGGGAACCAAACGCUUUGCCGAAGACGAGGAAGGCCAGGCUCAUCUUAAGAUAUUAUUAGAACACAUCGACAACACCCUAGAGGAUGAGUUCAAAUCUUACAGGAGGGCAAUGAACAGCGACGCCAAAGCCAUCAACUAUGAACAUCUCUGGACCAUCUUCAAGCCUGAGAGUAUUGUGUUCCUCAGUCUUCUUGGACAACCUCGCUGCUACAAGCUCCUCAGCUUUUAUUAUACGGAAGGUGAAGAACCCGCCCUCUGUCUGUCAGUUGAGUAUGUAGACUACGACGGCGACAUGUUCGGCACGCGUACGACUUUAUUCCGUAUCCCGAAGUACUCUGGGACCUUGCGUAUCGAACAACUAAAUGUUAAACCGCUCGAGUUACUUGCCAACAAGGAUAAGAUCAGUGAAUAUCUCAUCGAACGCGGACACCGCUUUGAGAAACUGGUCGGACAGAAUUUUCUACAGUACAGUGGCGUGGCAGUAAAGAGAAAGGAUUGCGGAUAUGAGCGGUUCAAUCUUACGGGGCGAGUUAUGAUCGAUUGCAAGACUUAUCAUCGUCUCGAUCCAAAUGACGCUUUCAGCGUGUGUGAGAUUGCACGUAGUGAGGCUGCUAAGCGCCAGCGCGAGAUUCGGAAACACAACGAUGGUUCCGGCUUAGAUGACACUGGAGAAAGCAGGGUUGAGGAUGAACUCUUGGACGAGGAUCGACUCCUUACCAAUGCAACGGUCCGCGGCUUCGCUUUCACUCACAAGAGAUUCCUGGAAUUUUUCGUCGACAAACUUUCACAAAUUGAGUGGAACACAAAAUGCUUCGACCAGUUGGUUCUAGAUCCCGCGCCGAAGAGAACUGUUCAGGCCUUGGUCUCGAUGCACGCACAGAGGAAUGGCAACGAGGAUGGCGCAUUCGAUGACAUCGUCAAAGGCAAAGGCCAAGGGCUCGUGAUGGUAUUGCACGGACCCCCAGGUGUCGGCAAAACGUUAACAGCAGAAUGUGUUGCAGAGUGGGUUCGCUGCCCUCUCUACAUGGUGUCUUCAGGAGACCUGGGUACCGACAGCACUUCACUGGAUAGUCAACUGACCAGAAUCAUGGACAUGACCAGCACAUGGAGAGCAGUGUUAUUAAUCGACGAAGCUGACGUCUUCUUGGAGAGGCGUAGUCUGCACGACAUGCAGAGAAAUGCGAUGGUUUCUGUAUUCUUGAGGGUUCUAGAGUAUUACUCUGGUAUUUUGUUCCUCACUACCAACCGCGUCGCGACCUUCGACGACGCGUUCAAGAGCAGAAUUCACGUUCCCUUGAGAUACACAAGCCUCACCAAAGAAUCAAGGCGCAUAAUUUGGCAAAAUUUCUGCUCUCGCGUUCCUGGUGGUGCCGACAUUGACGAGGAAGGGUUGGAGCGUUUGUCAGAACAUGAUCUGAAUGGUCGGCAAAUCAAGAAUGUGGUCAAAACAGCGGAAAGUUUGGCUGCUUUUGAGGGUACAAAGUUGGACGUAGAAAGGCUUGAAGAAGUCACCUUGAUCCAAGCCAAGUUCGAGAAAGACCUACUGGAAGCUACAAAAGCUGGCGCAGAAGGAGUAUGA